AUGAAGGCGGCGAGUGAGGCCAACUUCGCUACGCGCGAAGGCCGUACGACAUGGCAGCAGAACAUUCGCACUAUCUUUAUCUGCUUUAUCGUAUCUUUCGCGACACUCCAAUACGGUCUCGACAUAUCUAUUAUCAAUGGAGCCCAGGCGCUAAAGGGAUUUCUCAUCGUUUUUGGGCACCCAAACCCAAAGGCACCGCAGGGCUAUGGUAUUGCGACCUCGUUCCAGCAGUCAAUCACCAGUCUUAUGAACAUCGGUGUUAUUGUCGGUUCUCUCACACUUGAGUUCUUCUCCCACCGGCUAGGCCGUAGAAAGAACUUUAUUGUAGGUUCAGCGGCGGCAAUUGGUGCGAACCUGAUCCUCGUCCUUUCUACGAAUAAGAGCGCCAUCAUUUUUGGACGUUUUCUUUUCGGCGUCUCGAAUGGUCUUUAUAUCGGAUUCACAAGUUUAUACAUCUCUGAGGUUGCGCCAUCGCAUCUUCGUGGUGCGUUGGUUACCUUCGUUCAAGUGUCAGUCUGCAUUGGUACUGUUAUUGGUGCAGUCGUCAAUAACGCAACGAAACACCUUGAGUCGCGCCUCUCUUACCAGAUCCCUUUAUUCACCCUCUUUGUUAUUCCGGUAUUCUGCAUCGCCAUGUCUUUCUUUAUUCCCGAGUCCCCUCGAUGGCUUGUUCUGAAGGGACGACGUGAGGAUGCCCGAACUCACCUUUACCGUUUGCGAGGGUCUUCCUUCCCUGUCGAACUCAUUGACGCCGAGAUAGCUGCCAUUGCUGAGGCAAUUGAGGCAGAGAAAGAAAACACCUUGCGUGGAUGGGGAGCUGUUCGUCUCAUGUUCAGUGACUCUGAGCGCCGCCGGACCCUUCUCACCAUGGCUGCCGGAACCAUGCAUGGGGCAUCUGGCUUCCCGUUCAUCUCCAGCUACAAAACUUACUUCUUCCAGAUUGCGGGGUCUCAGAAGCCUUUUACCGACUCCAUUAUCGUUACCACCGUGUCUCUUAUCGGAGCCUUCUCCGGUGUCUUCCUCAAUCGCUUUGUCGGGCGCCGCCGGGUUCUCCUAUUUGGAUUCACUGUUCAGGCUGCUCUUAUGCUUGUCAUAGGAACUGUUUGGACUGUUAGUCCAGGCACCGUCACCACCGGCAAGGUCAUCGUCGCUAUGGUCGUUAUAUUCCAGUGCCUCUAUGCUGCUAUCGUUGGCCCUACCUCAUGGAUUGUUGCUAGUGAGAUUCCUAAUAACCGACUCCGGGCUAUGACCUUUGGCUUUGGUAACGGUGUGGGCUUUCUCGCAUACUUUGUGAUUGCUUUCACGACACCUUAUUUCAUCAACCCCGAAGCUUUGAAUAUCGGCCCGAAGGUUGGGUUUAUCUGGCUCGGAUCCAAUCUGAUUACCGCGACAUUUAUUUUCUUCUACCUUCCGGAAACUCACCGGCGCUCCCUCGAAAAUAUCGACGAGAUGUUUUACAACAAGAUACCCACCCGCAAAUUCAAGAGCUACGAAUGUACAGGGGUUGUCCAGCGCCCUACCGAAAGCGAGAAGGCAAUUGCAACUGAGUCUGACUCCGGCACGACUGCGCACGUUGAGAAGCGUCUAAGUCGCGAGACAUAG